AUGACGUCGCGCGCCCCGGACUGGCCGCUGUUCUCGGCCGCAGAGCUCGUGGCCCGCGAGCGGCUCCCAGCGGCGCUGCCGCACGUGACGCGCCGCAUCAGCGACUUCCUCGACUCUCUGAGCCGCGCCGGCGUCUUCGCGGCCUCGUGCCGGCGCGGCGACAGCGAGCGCGAGCUGUCCUACUUGUUCCAGCGCGACCCGAGCCCACUGACGCAGACGAUGGUGCGUCACGCGGCUGCGGGCGGCCACGCGCACGUGUUGAAGUGGCUCAAGGAGCACGACGACGGGCUGAACCGCAGCCUCUGGAAGGACUACAACUUCAGCCCCAUGGACGAGGCCGCCAAGACCGGCCAGCUCUGCGUGCUCCAAUGGCUGCACGAGAACGUCGAGGACUGCUACGCCGGCCGCGCCAUGAGCUGGGCGGCCAGCAGCGGCCACCUGGACGCGGUCAAGUGGCUACAUUCCAACCGCCAGGACCUGUGUGUCAACUACGCCAUGGACUUCGCCGCGGCCAAUGGCCACCUGCACGUGGUGCAGUAUCUGCACGACAACCGCCGCGAGGGCUGCACGACGUGGGCCAUGGACGGCGCCGCCACGCACGGCCAUCUACAGGUUGUACAGUGGCUCUACCAGAACCGCAGCGAGGGCUGCACCAAGGCGGCGGUGGACGGCGCGGCAGCCAACGGCCACCUCGAAGUGGUGCAGUAUCUGCUGCAGACCGUCCGCCUCCCGGACGAGAAGCACUGGCUCGGCUGGGCCUUCACUGCCGCGGCGGCGAACGGCCGCGUGGCCGUGGUGGACUGGGUGCAUUCUACCUUUCGCGACAACUUCAGCGACAGCAUGCUCACCUUCGCGCUCUCGGACGCCUCCGACAACGGACACGACGAGAUGAUGCAGUGGCUCAGCUCACAGCUCAAAGAGCGCCGAUGA